UGACAGCCAGCAGGCAUGGUGGGGGUGUAGUGACAAAGAUAUUCACACAGAACACAUCACACGCUUAAAAAUCAGACGUCCGAAGGCAACUUGUUCCUCAAAAUAUUCAAGCUAUUGUAUUAAAUAUCGUGGCAGUGAGUUUGGGGCUUGAAUGAGAGACUCAGCAGAGGACUGUUCUGUCCAGGCAGUGGGGGGGGGGCAGUAAGUAGACUGCCCUUGUACCGCCUGGUUACUCAGCAUUGCACUUUCUGUAAUAAGGGCAAAGCGAAGAUGUACCAUGACUUACAAGCUAUUUUCCAUUUGCUGGAGAUCCUGGGGCAGCAUAUGAAGAUCUGCAUUUAAGGGAUGAGAAGCUGACACAGGUUCCAGUAUGAUUUAAGAGCACUUCAGACGUACGGCAGCUUCCCCCCUUAAAGCUGCGCAGCCAUCCGCCAGACACCGGUGAUCUGAGCACAGCCGAGCCGCGCCGAACCGAUCCGGAACGGGCGGAGCGAAGUGCCGACUCGGAGCAUCGAUGCCUCCCUAAUAGCAGAGUGGACAGAACAAAUUGCGAAGUCCACUUCAAACCGCCGUCUAACUUCCAUCGGUUUAUGUGCUAUUUGUACGUCCGAGACGUCAGUCGAAUCAGGGGCUUGUUGUGUUCAUUUAAUACUCCCUUCACAGCGCUGACAGGACCUGCUUUCAAACAUCGGAUGAAGAGAAACUUUUCCCGAAGGGAUCAGGAUCAUAAAGUUAACACUCAGCUGGAGCAUUGUGAGGUGGAGGACGAUCAGGUGGGGGUGCACUAUGUCGAGCGCUUGGCUGCACUCCUGCCCCCAGGGGGCUCAGAAGCAUCUCAGGCGUGUGGGUGUGGCCUUGGGGCUGCUCUGCUGCAUGUGCCUGGUCCACAGUGGCACGCAGGGCUGCCCCAGUAUCUGCCUGUGUGCUGGAGACGUGGUCGCCUGCAGCGGUCGUAACAUCUCUUCCGUUUCCAUGCAUGGCUUGGCCUUCGCCUCCAGGUUGGACCUCAGCUACAACCAGAUUUCUGUGCUCGAGACAGAGUGGACCCCCGUGCCCCUGAGCAAGCUGGAUACGUUGAUUCUGAGCCACAAUGUCAUCAGCCACUUGUCUCCUGGCUCGCUGUGCUGGCUGCCCGCCCUCCGAUAUGCGGACUUGUCUUCCAACCGACUGAGAAGCCUGAGCGCGUUGACGUUCUGUGAGCUCCAGCAUCUGGAGGUGCUGCUGCUGUUUAACAACCAGAUCUCGAAGAUUAGCCCUCGGAGUUUCGAUGGACUCCACAGCCUCCACAGGGUGUACCUGAGCUUGAACAGGCUCACCGAGUUCCCUACCGGGAUUCUGGUGGGAAAACUCAGUCUUCCACACUUGGAAUUCUUGGACCUGUCCAAUAACUUACUCACAGGAGUUCCGGUUCAUGACAUCAUGUCUCUGCCAUCCAGGCAACAGGCUGGAAUUUAUCUCCAUGGGAACCCACUGGUGUGUGACUGUGCGCUGCAUGCUCUGCUCUGGUACUGGGCCAGACGGCGCUUCCUUCCUGUCAUUGAUUUCCGAGGCGAUUACACGUGUUUCCCUCCUGACUUUGGCACGGCCGUAAGCCCGUUGCCCCUCAACUGCUCGGGCCAAGUCAUGAAUGCACCCCUGGAUUACGAAAGGGGCGUGUCCAAAGUGCACGUGGGCGACACCCUCAACCUGCACUGUGGUGACUCCGCCCCUGCUCAGCUACUCGUGCCCCUGCUGUGGCUCACACCUGCCCAGAGUGUGCUGUGGCCCGGUGACCACACAGAGGCGCUGCGUGUCUUUCCCAAUGGCAGCUUGCUGCUCACGGCGGCCCGUCCCGAGGAUUCUGGGACCUACACCUGCAUUGCCUUCAUGCCUGGGGGGAAUCUGAGCCGCAGCUUGGAGGUAGUUGUCAGGGAGCGGGAUCCGAAUGACGAGACCUUCAGCACAGCCUCGACCACACUGGCAUCCUGCGGAACCAGCCUUGUACUGGUUUUGCUCUACCUCUACCUGACUCCGUGCCACUGCUGGUGCCAGGACAAGAAAGCUUCUCGCCUGGCUAGGUGCCAUGCCAACGUUUGGGGCAGUACCCGCUAUGAGAGGGAGGGCGAUACACAUGCCAGCAGGACGGAUACCUCUGUGGUGGGAGUCGUUUUUACUCUGCCCGAUGAUGCAAAUGCCCUUUACACCCACGGGCUCAGGGCAGGUCCGACGGGCGAUGCCCUGGGCGGGACUGUGAAUAUCCACGAUACCUAGCUGUCUCUGUGAAGCUGGGAAUGUCGUUUUUUGUCAAGCUGUGUAAUAGGUACCGUUGUCAUCAUUGUUCUCAUUGUUUCUUUAAAUGUGCUCAAUCAAUUAAGUUCACAUUUUUUUUCCCUCCUUAAUUCCAGGUUAGUUGUUUUUGUGUUUUGUCAAUCAAAUUUUAAAGGACCUAGUAAUGUGCAGCUGAUUCUGUACUGAGAUAUUUUCCCAAAGUAAACCUGUCCACACACUAUUAAUUUAUAAGCACCAAGUGCAAAGGAGAGGGUUUAAUAUCGGGGAGGAUAUAACUUAAUAAAUUAAAUGUAAAGGUCUGUUUGUUGGUGGGGGGGGGGGGAGGGGGAGGCGUGGCAAAGGAAGCCAAAUUAAAUAUUGGUUGGGUUCACGUCCUCCCCAUCUCUCCAGGUUCCUAUGCCCCUGCCAAGAACUGUUACCGCGGUACAAAAAUCGCUUCAGUAACACGAUGACAGUUCGUGCUCUUGAAUUUAUCAAACGUAGAUGCGCCCAUGUGACCGAAUGCCAAAAACACUCGGCGUAAGAGCUUGGCUUCAGGAGACAUUUUUUUUAAGUUAAAGCCUGCGUUAUGAACUCGGUAUGCUGUGCAGCAAGCAUUCCCACAAUGCCAUUUUCAGAGUCACACUUCCCGUUGUGUGAAUCACGCCGCUGUGCCAUGUUUAAUUUUGAUCUGUUUUCGUAUUCUGUCAGGGUGAAAUGAUGAGAUGACAUUGUUUGUAACGUUCGCCGCAUCUAUAAAUGGUGUUUAUUAAACAGUUUCAACAGGGACCUGAUGUCUUCGAGUUUAGUUAUUUCAGAGGCCGCGUGAGAUCAGGCGUCGUCCCCUGUGGCCAUUCCAGUGAUUGACAGCUAAUCAGUGGGCUGCACCUAGUGACCACCUGUUACUCAGCUGCUGAUCGCUGGGGACAAAUUUAACCCUCUCCUGGGGGGGUUCAGGAAACCUCACCCCACCCACCCCCCAAAAAAAAGAAAAAAUAUGAGCCGGACACCUGAUAUCUACUCACUCCACAAAUCUGAUCGAAAACAAGCUCCUCUUUUUGGUGUUAGUAUGAAUGACGUUCUUCAUCGUUUACGACAAAUCUCCUUUUUUUGUGGCCUGAUAGGUUUCACUCCAUGAACAGAAAUCCGAGCGUGUUGUUAUAUGCACACAAACACUGCGAACUGACUGCAAAGAGCAACUUAUGAUUUCAAAUACUAGCUGUUGUAUAUUUUGUUUGCAGUUACACAAACACAAAAAUGUACUUUCCUGAGUGAUGCUGCUACAUAACCCUGGAGUGGAGAGUGACUGAGACCAGGCUUGGACUGGGAAUAAUAACCGGCCCUGGACUUUGCACAUACCUGCACUUGAUAUAUUCUGCUAAUGGGGGGUGUGGGUCGGGGUAUUAUAAAUAUAAAUAUACAUUUUGCCAGAAAAUGCCCGGUAUACCAGAUGGCCAAUCCAGGCCUGACUGCGACUGACACCUGACCUCUGGAUUGCGAAAUGACGUAAACUGUCACCUGACCCCCUAAGCUGCAGGAUGACUGAGACUGACACUUGACAUUAACAGUAUUCAUUUCCCCCCACUUUAAACCAAUUUAAGAUGUAUGUAAUGUGCAUUUCAUCAGUAUAAACGAAUGCAUAUAGAAACAACAUGA